AUGUCUUAUAGAAGCUACGAAGAUUCAACUCAAGACGUUCCAACUGAAGACAUUCUGGAACAGUUUGGGAGUGAUCCAGCUCCGAGAAGACGUCAUCAACUGAAAUAUAAAAAUGGAGAAUGUUUUGUGGCUGAAGAAGAUCUGGUACAAAAUUAUCCUAAACAACGCAGUUUUCAUCAUUCUUGCAACGCUGGUCCACUUCUCUAUGAGGCGGAAGCUGCCAACUCUGCAGCCUUGUCCUUUGAUGCGUAUACAGAAGAGGAUGGUCUUGACGAAGAAGUUCAUCGGAUUCGUAUUUUCAAGAUUAACUAUCAUCUCAACGAUGAUACUAUUACUGUGAAUGAGCCAUUUGUAGACAACACUGGAUAUCUUCAUGGUAGAAUUUUCCGUCGUCAGAAAGUACCUGCAACAAAUCGAAUUGGCAAGCCGUAUGUGCACUGGAGUGAUUUGAAUGUCGGAUCAGAUGUCAAUUUGUUUCAAACAAUUUACAGGAUAACGUCUUGUGAUGGGUUCACUCGGAGUUUUCUCGAAGAACACGGAAUGAAAGUGAACGAGGACGAGGAACUUCCGGAAGAUCCAUGGCUUGUUCGACGUCGUGGUGCUCCUAGAACUGCUCCAAAACUACCUGAUCAGCGAGAGUUCAUCAACCGACCACCGAUGUUAGUAUAUCGUUGUUGUUGGUUGGAUCAUAUGAAUGAUUUCCAUGGAUGUCGUAUGAAACGGAUUUUCAAGAUGUAUGUCUACAGUACUGAUCAUACUGUAGCAUUGAUUGAGGAAACCAAAGAAUUUGAAGGACAAUUAUUUUUGAAACGCAUUGGACUCCCGUUUCCAGUUCAACCAGACGUGCCAAGACGUGACUAUCGUUGGUGGGAUAUUCGUCCAGGAGUGUGGAUUGAUGUCUUCUGUAGGCCAAUGUUCGUAUUUGAAUGUGCAAACGAUGAAACAAAAUCAUUCAUCCGACAACAAUUUGGUGAGACGGAUUUUGGAAACUACAGCAGUCAGAUACUGGAAAAUGGACCACCACCAACUCAAUAUUACAAUUCGCCAGCUAUUCUCAAGUUUCGAUGCACUAUGGUUGACGCUCCAUCUAUUCUAUAUGGUCUGCAUUUUAUUUUAUACUAUGAUGUCAAUCGCCGAUUGGUUAACAUUGCUGAAGAAGGUCGUAAGACAUGGACUGAAGGAAGAGUAUUUCUAAAAGAUGUUGAUGCCUCCACUUUUAGGUAUGCUUAUUCAAAGUGA